AUGGCUCCUUCUUUCCUGAGAAAAUUGCGUCUUCACCGCCGUCGCGAUGACAACAACAUCGUCGAGCCUUCGCAACCGGAAGUCCCAAAAAUGCGGGGAUCAACAACAGCACUUCCAUUGUUGCCCACACACAACAACACGCCCGGAAACAACCAGCAUGCAGACGCUUAUAAGACAGAGAAGUCUGAUGCGGUCUCCGGAUUCCACGCUCAGCCUGCCAACGCUUCCAAUACCGACACCGACCAAUCCCCGCGAGACACUCAAGCCGUUAUAGAGCCCAGCGUUGACCCAUCAGACCAAGAACCCGCCUUCAUCUGGCGGGACAUUGAGCCACCGGCGGAUCUCAACCCACCACCAGAAUUCUUCAACUACGAACUAUCACCUACCGAAAAGGACAACCCGCUCUACAUGGAGACACAACGGCAGACCUCCGAGGCCGGGAACCCGCUCCCACCAUCUAGCCGGCUGCCGAGCGCAGGAACAAAUGCUCACUUCUCUGCUGCGCACGAAGAACGAGACGGACAAUCCGCUCUGGCGCGUGCAGUUCAAGCGAAACCGCUCGGGAUGUCCAGUACUUUACCCGCAUACAACGACGUGAGUGGCGCCGUGAUCGUGAACGACGAAGGCCUCCCGCACUUUCUGUCGCCGCAGGAGGAGGAGGAACGACAGGUCUUGCUGAGGCGCGCAGUCGAGGAGAGGAUGCUGGGGCUUCCGCGCCGGACGAACUUCACCUGGGGGCAAUCGCAUGGCCCUUCGUAA